GGUUCUUCCUAUAUGGGCGCUUCUCUUUGCACACGUUUUCACUUGGCAGAGAGUGCAUUGGAAAAUAUGCAAUAAAAAGAGGAAACGCUGAAAUGAAAACGAAGUUGGCCAAAAACAAAACUCAGGUACGUGACGAACGGAAGAAGAAUCGUCACACAGAGAAAGCUGAGAAAAAUCAGUCAAAAUGCCAGACAAAUUAAAUGAGAACAUUCUGUGCCCGACGUUACUGCAGAUCGCACCGGAAAACUGAAGCUCUAUUGUUGAAAAACGAAAGUUUAACAGGAAGAUUAAGUGUCAUUAAAUUUGUUUAGCUUGUUGCUAUAUUUAUGAAGUAAUCAAAAUGGCCUUGAUUGUGAGGUGGAGGCAACUUUGUCUAGUGUUGUUUUUGAUCGUUGGCCUCUCUUUGGGUCUUCCCAGCUUGGAAAAUCAGACGCACGACCAAAUCGAACAGAUAAUAGCUUGCAGACAGCCCAAGGCACCUGGUUUAUGCAAAGGACGUCAAUUGCGAUAUGCCUACAACAAGAAGACCGGAAAUUGCGAGAGCUUCUACUACACGGGCUGUGCCUCCACUGAGAAUAAUUUCCUGACCUUUGAGGAGUGUCGCAGGGACUGCAUGCAACGCCUGCGCUACUGAAAUCCUCAUUAAACUGUACUUACUAUAUA